AUGGAAGACUACAGCAUCUUGAGGAAGCAAGAGCGCCAGUUACGAGCCUCCAUGAAGGGUGUCGCUUAUUUCGUGCGGGAUUAUAAGCAAGAGCUUCAUGAAUCCCAGAUUGAAGUCAGAUUGGGUCUGUUGGAGUCGACUAUGAAAAAGUACUACCUGGUGAGACAGAAGAUGGAAGUGUUGUUGGACACAGCUGACAGCGACGGUGCCGAAGAGGAUGUCAAAGAGUCAGAGGCAACCAAGAAACGUCGAUUGCAGAAGCAGGCUGCAGAUCGUGAAGAGAAAUUCGACGCUGAAACGAUAGCAGUCGAAGAGCAGUAUUGCACCCUGAAGGCAUCACUCCUUGCGUUGCGUCCGAGAAAGGUUGAGUCCUCGAGUGCGUCUGGGUCUGCAGAGAGAGUUGAAGCAAUAUCCCGUGUUAAGCUUCCGGACAUCAAGCUGCCAGUUUUCAACGGAAAACUUCGGGACUGGAUUCCAUUCCGGGAUAUGUUCGAUAGCCUCAUUCACAACAACACUCAGCUCUCCGACAUCGAUAAGUUCACAUACCUCCGGUCAGCAAUUAGUGGAGAAGCAUUACAGGAGAUCAGCUCGAUCGAACUUUCAGCUGACAACUACCAGGUAGCCUGCGACAUGUUGGAGAAGAGGUACGAGAACAAAAAGUUGAUCGUAAAAGCGUACUUGGACGCUCUUUUUGCUAUCGAACCUCUCAAAAAGGAAAGCGGAGAAGCUCUGAACCGCCUUGUCAGCGAUUUUGAUCGUAACAUCCAGAUGCUGGGCAAGAUCGGCGAAGAUACGGAGAAAUGGUCGACUAUUCUCGCGUAUAUGGUGUGUACUCGUCUGGAUUCGGUCACACUUCGUCAAUGGGAGAGUCAUCACAACCAGUGA